CUCACCAUCUUCCAAAACACUCCCUUCAGCCUUGCAUUUAUUGCUCUUUGUCCCCUUCCUACUGCCUUGCUUUCCCAUGUCAUGCCUUAUUAUCUACCAUGCCUUGCCUUGCUGUCACCCAUCCCCCCAGUCUCACAUGACACCUUCUAGAAGCCAUCCCCACUCCACUCUCCUCUCCUCUCUCUCCCUACCUCCCUGUCGCGUCGCAUCCAAAAACAAGAACCAGAACAAAAGAAGGAGAAACUCAAAAAGUAGACAAGAUGGAGGUCUGACAACGUGUCCCGAUACGCCACCAUCUCCAUCCAUUUUCUCAUUGCCCCCCUUCUCUCCCGUCUUCCAUUCCUCCCAAUGUUCCCUCAGACAUAUCGGCCAAACAAGUUGCGCCGUCAACGCUACACAAAUGCACCGAAUCCACCACUACCAAACAAGGCUCGAAUAACCAGUCCACACACUCCCAUCCUCCCCUAUCCGGCCGAACUGUGGAGUGUGUGGUCGCCCAAAUGCCAUGAGACAUCGAGGUUACCGGUGGCUGUAACAUUGACGGGCUGCACACCCAUACUUGCCCUUCGUCGCACAGGGAAACAUCUCUUUCAU